AUGGCAAUCAUUUUAAUAAAUUCUAUUGCCUUAUUGGCAAUGAUUGUUGUUAAAUUCCGAGACGCGAUGGCUCUCGAUCAAGCUGGACGUGACGCAGUAGUUUAUUGGCACAAUUAUUUCCGUGCUGAACUAGUUGCAGGAAGGGUUAAAAAUAAAACUGGAGAGCUUUUGCCAAAAGCAAAAGACAUGAUGCAAAUGUACUUUUCUCCUGAACUUGAAAAGCAGGCACAGGAAUGGGCCGAUAAAUGCACUUAUAGUCAUUCGGACCCGUAUGGGAAUUAUGGAGAGAAUUUCUAUGCUUAUGCAAGAAUGGACAAUGACUCUGCUGCCAUCGAGUAUGUAGUAAAAGGAUGGUGGUCAGAGUUGGAAUACAGAGGAGCUUUGGGACCUUAUCCUGGCCAAGACUGCGUUGCAUUUGAUGCACCUCAAAAUAAUAGAGGUAUUGGACAUUGGACACAACUUGCUUGGUAUAACACUAAUCAAGUCGGGUGUGGAAUUGGACGUUGCCCCAAAUAUAAAUCUUAUGUUGUUUGCCAAUACAAGCCACCUGGAAAUGUUUAUACAGGAUGUGUUUAUCAUGCUGGUGAGCCUUGUACAAGUUGCCCGAACUCAUGCAACGCAAUAUCCAAGCUCUGUCUUGAUCCUAAAUACGUAUCAACAACUACUGGUACUACAAAAAUUAGUGAGGAUUAUGACGAAGAAGAUUAA